AACCGUUAGUGUAAACGGUACGGGUACCCCAUCCAUGCUCACCCUUUUGCAAGUAUAAUUUAUCGAUGGUAUUUAUGUCAUUUCCGCAUUUAUCUUUAGUAUAGUAGACCAGAGUUGACCCCACCAAUAAAUGUUUUUCCAACGUUACACAAUCCCUUUGAAAUAAACAGAAGACCAACAACACAGUAUUAUAGUCACCAAACACAGCACCCCCACAGUCAGCAACUUUGCAAAGAAAAAGAAAAAGAAAAUCAUUUCUUUCUACACAAAAUUAAAAAACCAAAAGUAAAAAUUUGGAACCCAAAAAAAAAAAGCCGCCUUGAUUUCCGCCAUUAAUACAUCUUCAAACUUCAAACUUUAAACAAUCAGUUAUUUCACAGUACGGUAAAACGAGAGAAACAAACAAACCAAGAGACAAGAAAACAGUGAGGAAUUCUGGGAUGCUUCAACUUCCACCGGCGACGGCGGCGUUUAUGCUUAUAAUCGCCGCCGUAGUGUUGCCGGUGACGGUGGUUUCCAGUAAUUUUCCGGCGACUGUUUUACAACUUCAGCGGAUUUUUCCGUUGAAUGAAAGAGUGGAGUUUAAGGUUCUUCGUGCUCGUGAUGCUGCACGCCAUGAACGAAUCUUGCAAGGGGCCGGCGGUGGCGGUGGUGGUGGGGUUGUUGAUUUUUCUGUUCAGGGUACCUCUGAUCCUUAUCUUGUUGGGUAGGCUGUAUUUUACUAGAGUGAGCUUAGGAACUCCUCCAAGGGAAUACAAUGUGCAGAUUGACACUGGAAGCGACAUAUUGUGGAUAACUUGCAAUUCAUGUAUCGAUUGUCCAAGGACAAGUGGCCUUGGGAUUGAUCUCAAUUUCUAUGAUAUCACUGGUUCCUCGACUGCAAACACUGUUUCUUGUUCAGACCCGAUAUGUACUACUAUGGUUCCAUCAGCAUCGUCUCAGUGCUCAGCUGAAACUAAACAGUGUGGUUACUCGUUCCAAUAUGGCGAUGGAAGUGGAACAUCAGGGUUUUAUGUGUCUGAUAUGCUGUAUUUUGAUAUGAUUCUUGGGAACUCUAUGGUUGCUAACUCAUCUGCCUCUAUCGUUUUUGGAUGCAGCAAUUAUCAAUCUGGGGACUUGACCAAGUCAGAACGUGCUAUUGAUGGGAUCUUUGGCUUUGGUCAGCAGGGAUUGUCUGUUGUAUCCCAAUUAUCUUCUAGAGGAAUAACACCUCGUUCAUUUUCCCAUUGUUUGAAAGGAGGGGGAAAUGGUGGGGGUAUUCUGGUCCUUGGUGAGAUUUUGGAGCCAAAUAUUGUGUAUAGUCCGCUUGUGCCAUCACAGCCUCAUUAUAAUUUGGACCUGCAGAGCAUCGCAGUGAAUGGGAUAUUAUUGCCAAUUGAUCAAUCAGUGUUUGCAACAUCGAACAACCGAGGAACAAUUAUCGACUCUGGAACAACUUUGGCAUAUCUGAUUGAAGAAGCUUAUGACCCUUUAGUUGAAGCGGUAACCAGUGCAGUUUCACAAUCUACAAAACCCCUUAUUUUCAAAGGAGAACAAUGUUACAAGGUUUUAGUAAGUGUAAGCGGUUUGUUUCCACCUAUGAGCUUCAACUUUGCGGGUGGUGCGUCCAUGGUGUUGAGACCAGAAGACUACCUUGUACAUAUGGGCUUUGUCGAUGGUGCCGCACUUUGGUGUAUAGGAUUUCAGAAGGUUCAGCAGGGUCAAGGAAUUUCGAUAUUAGGAGACCUUGUUCUGAAAGAUAAGAUUGUUGUUUAUGAUCUCUCUCAUCAGAGAGUUGGAUGGGCUAGUUACGACUGUUCCUUGUCCGUCAAUGUCUCCGUUACAUUUGGCAGGGAUGAAUUUAUUAAUGCUGGGCAAGUAAGCGUUAGCAGCUCGUCCAAAAACUUUCUCCUGGGUCUCAUACCAUCUCUCUUUGAGGCUCUUAUUGCACAGAUUAUAACCUUUCUGAUCCUGUAGCUAACCUUUCACUUCAGAGAAUUCUCAAUCUUUUGCUUUGUUAAUCGCUAUUACCAUUGAUUGGCAAGGCAUUGUAGUUUUGUCUAUGAUCAUAUUGUAUUUUUCAAAUUCUACGUGAUGCUGAAAUUUCUCAUGUGUGCACGCAGAUUCGCCCAAUUUGUAGUCUAAAUCAGUGUCAGGAAUGUAAAUUAUCCAUAUAGUGCUAAUGUUGUAUGUCAAGUGUUGUAGAAUUAGUACCACGACAGCUGAAGUAGAAUACAGUGAUUCGAGUUGCAGGAGGUUUCGUUCCAGAACAAGAGGAACCUUACUAUACUAUUUUGUUUUAAUUCUUACGCUUUUUUUUGUAAGAUUUUUUCCCCAAAAUUGUAAUUGCAAAGUUGAUUCUGGAUAUACUAUCUUUUAGGGAGAAUAAUUGUUAAUAUUUCAGAAUCCUUUGAUAAUGUUUACAGUAUAAUUUACUUGUUUCAAUUAACGUUCCUGUUUAUUGUGGUAAGUUUAGGCUUUGUUCUCUUCAUCUUAUUCUUACUACUAUGGAAUAUUAAUCAAAUCAGAUUUCUAACCAGACAUUCAAAGGACACUAUUUUUUCUUAUUUCUGGUUAUUAAGUGUCAUAUAUCAUUAAUUUCAUAUUCUCUGUCUCAAAAAAAAAAAAAAAAAAAAAAA